AUAUCCUCUUCUUCCACACUGUACACCACAGCAACUCCCAAUAAACUUUCCAAUCUCCUUCUCAAACCCCACCUGACCAUUGAUUAUUGUUUUCCUGAACGAUUCUCGUUCGACUUAAUCAUAUUGGCCGAUCAAAUUUUGUUAACGUGUACGUAUUUCACAGGAUCAUAACCGUACCCAAUGAAAACAAAAGGAUUUUAACCGCCCUACGCCGCAAAACGGAUUUUGCUCUUCCCAGUGCGUGCUGUGCAUACGAAUAGCACAUCACUUCUCUGUGUGAUUGCAUCUAUGGAGUCGCGGGUACUUUCGCGCGCUGCCGCAAUUUCGGCCUCACCGCGCCUGCCGAGGCCGCUACGAGAGAGUGGCAACUCCGCAAGCGUCGUAGCAGUGAGGCCGAUCGGAGCUGUUGGCGAGGGCGGGAACUUGAUAUGGGGGAGGCAGCUCAGGCCGGCUCUGCUACUAGAGAGCUCGCCGGCAUCGUGCGUCUUGUGUGGGAAGAGGGAGACUCUGCAGCCUUGCUUCUCCGCCGCUUCCUCUCCCGCCGAGGGGAGUGAUUCCGCAGGGGAAGCGAAGGUUGCUCCAGUUGGCUUCUUCGAGAAGUACCCGGCUUUGGUUACCGGUUUCUUCUUCUUCAUGUGGUACUUCCUGAACGUGAUAUUCAACAUACUAAACAAGAAGAUCUACAAUUACUUCCCGUAUCCAUAUUUUGUGUCGGUUAUUCAUUUGCUGGUUGGGGUGGUGUACUGUUUGGUGAGCUGGGCCGUGGGUCUUCCGAAGCGCGCUCCGAUUGACUCGAAACUUUUGAAGCUGUUGAUCCCAGUUGCUGUAUGUCAUGCAUUAGGCCAUGUAACCAGCAAUGUAUCAUUCGCAGCGGUAGCGGUCUCUUUCACCCACACAAUCAAAGCUCUUGAGCCAUUCUUCAAUGCUGCUGCCUCUCAGUUCAUACUAGGACAGCAGAUACCCUUGACUCUAUGGCUUUCUCUGGCUCCUGUUGUUCUUGGUGUGUCCAUGGCAUCACUAACCGAGUUGUCAUUCAAUUGGACUGGCUUCAUUAGUGCCAUGAUUUCCAACAUCUCCUUCACAUACAGAAGUAUAUACUCAAAGAAAGCCAUGACUGAUAUGGACAGCACUAAUAUUUAUGCCUACAUUUCCAUCAUUGCUCUGUUGGUUUGUAUACCACCGGCCAUCAUCUUUGAGGGACCACAACUAAUGAAGCAUGGUUUUAACAGUGCAAUUACUAAAGUGGGUACAACCAAGUUCAUCUCCGACCUCUUUUGGGUGGGAAUGUUUUACCACCUUUACAACCAGUUGGCUACCAAUACCCUUGAGAGGGUUGCUCCUCUUACACAUGCAGUUGGCAAUGUGCUGAAACGUGUAUUUGUGAUUGGCUUCUCAAUCUUGGUCUUUGGAAACAAGAUAUCCACACAAACAGGUAUUGGUACAGGCAUUGCAAUUGCUGGAGUGGCAAUGUACUCUUACAUCAAAGCCAAGAUGGAAGAGGAGAAAAGAGGACUUAAAGCAGCUUGAGAAGACAAGAAGGUUGGAGAUGUGACCUUCUUGGACGUAAAAAAAACAAUUCCUAUGAUGUCAGAAAACUAAAAAGAAAUUUGAGCAUGUUGUUAAUGUUUUCCAGUUAUUUUUUGAAAAAGUUUCUUUGAUUCCGAGGACAAACAGUUGCUAAUUAGCAUCAGCUCUUGUUUGGCUAUCAAUAAUGUAAUAUAUUUACAGUCUCAGAACGAGCUUUUGUGGGGAUUUGACAAGGAGUGAUAAUGGAAGCAUGUAUAUAGUAAACUUACCACAUGCAGCUGAAGUGGUUUGAUUCUCAAAACACCAUACCUGAGCUUCUGGACA